GGAGACCGGGGGGGUAUUUAUUGUGUUGCUGUCUCUCGGUGAAGAGAACAAACUGACCGUCUUGCUGCAGAGAACACACACACGCACACGUAACGUUUCACGCAGAGUGGUAAUCAUGCAGUUCGACAUUUCAUACGAGAUGGACAACGGCACUGACAACAUCUCGGAGGAGUCCGGAGAUUAUGACCUGUUUCUCCAGGAGCCAUGUGGGAGCUUGUUGAGCAGCAACUUCAACAAGAUCUUCCUCCCCACCGUUUAUGGAAUAAUCUUCAUCCUGGGCGUCAUUGGUAAUGGAUUAGUCGUUGUGGUGAUGGGCUACCAGAAAAAGGUCAAAACCAUGACGGACAAGUACCGGCUCCAUCUCUCUGUGGCCGACCUCCUCUUCGUGCUCACGCUGCCCUUCUGGGCCGUGGACGCAGCCAAAACCUGGUAUUUUGGAAGUUUCCUGUGUGUUUCUGUGCACAUGAUCUACACAGUCAACCUGUACAGCAGCGUGCUGAUCCUGGCGUUCAUCAGCUUUGACAGAUACUUGGCAGUGGUGCGGGCCACUAACAGCCAAGCCAUGAGGAAGCUGCUUGCGAACAGAGUGAUCUACUUGGGAGUGUGGCUUCCUGCGGCCAUCCUGACUGUGCCCGACAUGGUGUUUGCCCGGCUGCAGGAGACGGGGUCUUCAAACUACCACUUCACAGAUGAGAGCAUGGAGACUGGAGAAUCCAGGACUAUCUGCCAGCGUAUCUACCCACAGGAAAGCAACAAUAUAUGGGCCGCCGCAUUCCGCUUCGAGCAGAUCCUGGUGGGCUUCCUACUGCCCGGCCUGGUCAUCCUCAUCUGCUACUGCAUCAUCAUCGCCAAGCUGUCGCAAGGUGCCAAGGCCCAGGCUCUGAAGAGGAGGGCGCUCAAGACCACGGUCAUCCUCAUCGUGUGUUUCUUCUCCUGCUGGCUCCCGUACUGCAUUGGCAUCUUCUUGGACGCGCUCAUGACUCUGAACGUGAUCGUUCCCUCCUGUGAGCUGCAACAAGCGGUGGAGAUGUGGAUUUCUAUCACAGAGGCGCUGGCCUAUUUCCACUGCUGCCUGAACCCCAUCCUCUACGCCUUCCUGGGAGUAAAGUUUAAGAAAUCCGCCAGGAGCGCUCUGACCGUGAGCAGCAGGUCAAGUCAGAAAACGACUCUUAUGACUAAAAAGCGAGGUCCGAUUUCAUCUGUGUCGACCGAGUCUGAGUCUUCAAGUGUUUUGUCAAGUUAACAAACCGUCAGGAUUGGAGUAUGUGACUUAAUUUUCUCAGGAGAAAAAAUAAUUAAGCUUUAGUUUCAAAGAACUUACUACAUUUUGUAAAUAGAUUUUUUUUUAUACAGUUUGAUUUGUUUGCUUUGUUUCCUGCCAUUUUGUGUCUUGUGAGGGUUUUCUAUUGUAAUGUAAGUUUUAUGCUCCUUAGAGCAGAUUGUAUCUCAAGACGAUGCCUCAAUUCAUCUCAGUCAGCUUAAAAAUCCUGGUCCAUUUUCUCAGUUCUCAUCUUUACGACCAGUGUCACUGUACCAGGCAUACGAUGCCCAUUUCUUCUUCUUCUUCAGGGAUUGGUAGCUGCUUUUGAAAACCUGUACAUAGUUUGUAGCAUUUGUGUGUUCGCACUUACGUUGUGUGAUUUUCUGAAAGCUAUUAUUUAUUGCUGUCACUCACACUGGAAGUUUUGUAAAAUAUAGAAAGUGCAUGCUGUGUUUUUUUACCUUGUUUUUUUAUGUAAAGAAUAAAAAACGGUUUCAGUGCUUCUCAUAA